AUGCAGCAUCCUGGAAGCAUCGACAGGAGUGCAAUAUGGGCAAGGCAAAAUAGCAGGCUUGAAGAUUUGAAGAAGAGACGUGUCGCGACUCCAAAUAACCAACAAGAGCUCAGAGAUGGAGAUCUGAACAAAAUUAUGGAUCGUGACCUAUAUGAAGCCACAAAAAAAGGGGACGUUGAGAAAUUCAUCAAUGCACUAGAAAAGGUGUGUGAGUCGAGGAAACUAGCUUUGUGGCAAAUCUUCAACCAAGUCACUCCCUCCGGGAAUUCAUUGCUUCAUGUAGCAGCAAGCUCUGGGAGUGAUGAUGUUAUGGAGCUCAUCCUCAUUCAUUUUCCUCACAUUGUGACCGAGAAAAACUCCUCAGAGGAUACUCCACUCCAUGUUGCGGUUCAAGAUAAAAGGUUCGACGCAACAAAAAAGCUAAUUCGCCAGGAAACAAACUUGAAAAUUAUAUAUUCGAAGAACAAGGAUGGUAAAUCUCCAUUGUGUCUGGCAAUCGAAAAGUUUGAGUUUGAAAGGCAACCUUGCGAGGAGGCACCCUGGGAGAUUCUUCGGCUUCUCUUGCAAGAAUCCGCUCGAGAUGAAGCUUAUGAAGUCAAGAUGGGCAUGUCACCAAUUUUGGCCGCAAUCAAGAAGAGGAAUAAAGAUUUAUUGAAAGAAAUUAUAGAUCAGCUCCCGAAGUUACUCCACGUGCGCGAUGAAGACGGAGGGACGCCACUGCACGCUGCAGCGUCGGUUGGAAAUUACAAGGCAAUUGGCCUCUUGCUGGAGGAAUGCCCUUAUCUCGCCCUUCAAACGGACAAUAACGGCUCCUACCCAAUCCACAUUGCUUGCGAAAGCGGCAAAUUCUGGGCAAUCAAACCGUUACUGAAGGACACGUGGCCUGACCUGGCAGAGAUUAAAAACGAAAAGGGUCAAAAUAUUCUGCACGUUGCAGCCAAGGGCGGGAGAAAAAUAGCGGUCCGACACAUAAUCAAAAAAUGCGGCGAGCCGGAUGUCAUCAAGAAGCUGGUGAAUUCGAAAGAUGUCGAUGGAAACACACCCGUCAAUUUGGCAUCUAUGCACAACCACAUCGAAGUUAAGCUCUAUUUGACGAUGGCCCAAACAACUCGCUUGCAGCUUUGGAACAACGACAGGUCGAACAACCUAAAUGUGGCCACAAGAAUCUGGCAAAUAUUGGUAUACUUUUGGUUGCUGGCUGUGUUUACUUUUAACUGA